GAAAGUCAUUACGAUGAUGAGCACACCUUUUCAAGUCAGGAAGGAGGAAGACCAUCAGCAGCAACCUUCACUUGUGUCGGUGUGAGCCGCUCCUGUCCACUUCAUGUCCGCCGUGUGAGCCUGCUCUGCCCGGGAUAUUUCUGCCCUGUCACCGGAGCUCACCGCUGUGGGAUGAGUUUUAUUACCAGCUGGAGACAAAGCGUGAAGAAAAAUGACAGUAAAAAGGAUGCCGUGCAGGCUCAAGACGUACAUGACGGCCCGGACUCCCCAAGCCGGGUGUCAGUCAUAAACAGUCCAGAACUGGAUCCCGUCAUCACAGACUUCAGGUUACAGCUCCCUGGAAACAGAGAUGGCCUGGAAUCGACAAAUCCGUCCAACGGGUGCUCGCGGUCAGACCUGUCGCUGGCUCUGGAGGACUGCAUGGCUGCCCUGGAUCUGUUCCUCAGAAACCACUUCGAGGAGGCGCAGGCCCAGCUCAAGUGCAGAACCAAGGAAAGCAUGUAUCACGCUCUGACCUAUGCGACCAUCCUCGAGAUGCAGGCCAUGAUGACCUUUGAACCCCAACACAUCCUGGCUGCAGGAAACACCAUGAAGGAGGCCCAGGCUAUCUGUCAGCGGCACCGCAAGAAGUCAAGUUUCUCCAAAAGCUUCACAGAAGAGGAACUCCACGCGGAAGUUUGCUACGCCGAGUGUCUCCUGCAGAGGGCAGCACUCACCUUCCUUCAGGAUGAAAACAUGAUCAGUUUCAUCAAAGGGGGAAUCAAAGUGAGGAACAGUUACCAGACAUACAAAGAGCUUCACACAGUCCUCCAGUCCUCUGGAUACAUUCAUGGUGACAACCAUGGCCAUUUUGAAGGUGGUGUUAAACUGGGAGUAGGAGCCUUUAAUCUAAUGAUUUCCAUGUUGCCCACGCGGACGCUCAAGCUGCUGGAGUUUGUCGGUUUCUCUGGCAAUAAGGAGUUUGGUCUUCAGCAGCUUCAGGAGGGCUCGGCAGAAAGCACAUUCAGGUCCUUCUUAUGUAACAUGCUCUUGCUCUGUUAUCACACCUUCAUGAGUUUCAUAUUAGGAACUGGAGAAGGAGAUGUUGAAGAUGCAGAAAAACUGCUGCAGCCAUAUCUCAAAAAAUAUCCUAAGGGAUCUAUCUUCUUGUUCUUUGCUGGUCGAAUAGAGGAGAUCAAAGGCAACCUGGACGCUGCUAUCACACGUUUUGAGGAGUGCUGUGAGGCGCAGCAGCAGUGGAAACAGUUCCACCACAUGUGCUACUGGGAGCUGAUGUGGUGCUUCACUUACAAGAGGCACUGGAAGAUGGCUUACUUCUACGCUGACCUGCUCAGCAAGGAGAACUCCUGGUCCAAGGCUACGUAUGCGUAUAUGAAAGCGGCCUACCUCAGCAUGCUGACUGCAGAUGACUGCCUAACCUUUGGGGAAACUGCAGUCACUCUGUUCAGGCAAGUUCCAGGGCUGAAACAGAAAAUAGCAGGAAAAUCUUUACCAACCGAGAAGUUUGCAAUCAGGAAAGCCCGUCGGUACCUUGCAGAAAACCCCAUUCCUCUUCCUGCCGCUCCACUGGAGAUGAUGUACAUCUGGAACGGCUAUACAGUCAUUGGUAAACACAAAGACCUGACCGAAGACAUGCUGAAAACACUGGAUGAGGCCCAGGCUAAACUUGAGAGUGGCCCAAGGACUGAAUUCUCUAUAGAUGAUCAGUGCCUGCUGAGCCUCUUGAAGGGACUGUGUCUCAAACACCUGGGGCAUCAGGAGGAGGCCGAACACUACUUUACCCUUGUCCUCUGCAAUGAGACUCAGAUCAAGUAUGACCACUACCUGGUUCCUAAUGCCCUCUUGGAGCACGGCCUGCUGUGUUUGGAGCAAGGCAGAAGAGAUGAAGCUAUCAAACUCCUAGAAGCAGCAAAGCAAAAUUACAAAAACUACUCGAUGGAAUCACGGACGCACUUCCGCAUUCAGGCUGCUUUGCUCAAGGCCAAGGGCACAGGCGAAAAUGGAACCCACGUUCCCUCCAGCCCAUAGCAGACAGAGGAGGGCACACUAGAGCUGAGACAACGUUCUGUUUCUGCAGGCCCACAAUGCAACACUCAGCCCUGCCCAGGAUAGUUUUUUUUUUUUUUUUAAUCAGGAGAGUAGGGGAAGGUGGAUGCUUGUUUUUCUCUUAUGUGCCUCCCUAACAAGUAACUGCAGCUCUAGGUUGCCAUGACUGUCUUAGUCAAGUUUGCUACGCCCUCUUCCCGAGUUAUAUUACGGUGAAUUUCACUUCCUCGUGUGAUUUGAAAUAGAAACAAUUUGAGAAAUGUGCCUGUAUUUACGAAACAUCGCUUCUAGCAGACUUGUUUAGCAAACACUGUGGCUACCCAUAAGAGGUGCACUAGAGUAGAAAAACAAAGUCACAUUUCUGUAGAGUAUACUGCAGAUGACCUCGGUUACUGGCCCAGGAUAGAAAUGCAUCCAGUUCAGGGUAGUUGGGUUGAUUCUGAUGGAGCCAGAGUGCCAUACAGCGCCCAUGUAAUCACUGAGACUCACUUCACCUGGCCAGCAGCAUCAUUUGACUGGGAUACUACAAAGUUCUCCCACUCCUUUUAAGUGAAUGUAAAUGAGAGAUUAUUGAUCAAAUGAUUUGAAUAGGUGCUGGAUGGCACAGUUAUAUAUUGACAUAGUUUAACAUCAGGUGUACAUCUUAUCAUACAACUCACCACUUACUCCACCAGAUGCUUUUGUAUUGUGUCAUUUGAUACAAUUUGGUUAAUAGGUUUUACCUAUGUUAAGAUUUUUUGAUCAAAAUCAAUAUUACAUAAUUAGAUAUAAGUUAUUUUUAUGUUGGAUUCACUUUUACAUUACCUAAGCUUUGGUUCAUUGUGUUUCUCAGUGUGAGUGAGUGUUUUAUUGUUUAUUUUAAAUCUUCUUCCUUUCCUUGAAACCCGUUGAAACAUUGAAAGACACAAACUUCUUCACAUGGACUUUUUUUUGUCUCCUUCUUCAAUGAGCAGAUCUGCAAUCCUGCUGUAGUUACAUGUAAUGUCUUUUGCACAGAGCUAUGUAAAUUGGCCUGCCAUGUAUACUCUCCAGAGUCGAAAAAUCCAAGCUGCAGUGAGAAUUUUUUCUUUACAGUCAUGUACUGUAAAUGGCACGUUUUACACAAAUUGUCCCGUUUUAGGAGGACAGAUGAAUGUGUCUUUUAGAAAGGCAGACUCUCUCCUUUUCUCCUCCUGUUGUGUGGGACAGACUCCAGCAGUACUUCAGCUUGAACAAACAGGCCAUUCACACUGAGCAGCAAAGGACUGCGUGCUUGUCCGCCUGUUGCAUCUUUAGUGAGUGGGGAAGCUCUGAUCGGGAACCACCACAGUCUUUCUGCUUUGUGACCUCCGCUGCUCCUGCAUCAGCCAUGCUUGAUGAGAACAACCUAUAGAAGGACUUGAACAUCAUGUGUCAGAAAUUAAUCUGUGUAUGAACAAAUAUUUGUAAAGAUUGAAAUGGUAAGACAGAAGGGGGUCACCUUUAAGUGUAUUGAUGGUAAGGUUAUAUGAAAGGCUGUCCUGACAACAGAGUGUCCAAAACCAGGAGACUCAGAUGGUGUCUCAAGUUUUGGAACUAGAGCACCGGUGAUUUAUUUAUAAGUAGAGUAAGACUUUAGAUUCAAAAUGAUGACUGGGAUGAAGUUUGACUGUUUCUAAUGGUGGAGGAAAUGUACUUUCAAAAGUGUUUUAACAGCAGAUGCUCUCUAAAAGAUUCUAGUAACAAAUCAUCAAUUUUAUUUUCUGAUAAUUAAUUAAGCUUUUUUCCCUUUGUUUUUUCAAAUAUAUCUGAAAGAAACUUAAAUUUAGUGGCAUUGAGAUGGUUACAAUCAGCAUAUUUUAUUGGGCACAGCUACCACUAAGCAGAUUGACAUUCCUGUACAUACUGAAUGUUUCUAUUGUAAUUUAAAAUGAAACGACAAUAAGCAAC